AUGACCAGAAAUGCUGAUGCACACUUUUCUGUUGGGACGGCUGCGAAUCGGCAAUUGAACGUGCCUGCGCCAAGUCAUUUAGUGACGUGGAGUGCUGACAGCCUUGCACAGAACCAGCCGUCGAUCCCCUCACUGGGGAACCUGAACCUUCGCAACCCCGGCAUCUGGUCCAAGCGUGAGGAAUUGACCCCGAGGCGCCAGUCUCCGGUUGUUGCUGCUCGCAUGGCCAGGAUAGUGAGUAGCAGUAAUAUAUCACCACGCUACACCACCUUUACGCAACGCUGGUCUCCCGUGUCGCCUCUGGAUCUUUCACUCACACAGAGCUCACACCGUGCACAGACAGCGGGCGAGCGGGGGUUCGCAUUUAUUGCGCGUUAUGGAGGUAUUGCGAGGUCUCCGGCGCGCCAGGCGGCCUCUCGUUCGGGUCAGUCACCCGAACUGGAAACAAGUGUUGCAAGCCGCCAAACUUCUCAACACUCCUCGCUUCCAGUGGAGAUGACACCGCGUGACCGAUCUUUGAAGCGUCAAAUUAUAACUGAGCGGAAACUUCGCAUCGUUCGACAGGAAAGUAGCACGCCUGGGGCAAGCAGUUCUAAUUUGGCAUGUUUGAGUGAGGCUAAUGGGUCCAGAACGAGGCUUUUGUCUCAGGAACAGCUUAAAAAGCAGGGGAGCUCGAUUCAUCAUGGAGGGGAAACCGGUUUAACCGAUAAAUCUCCUGUUGCCGCACCGCUCACGGUGGAGCAACUCCUGAGGAAACCUCCUCAGAAGGCCAGUACGUCCGUGGGACGGCGCGUGCAGACUCCAGAGAUUAGCAUCUCAUUGCGUGGAUCGUUUUCUGCAGGAAACGACUCGUUGAGUAGCGCACAUGUGGCAGAACUGAGCACCACUACCGCUCGCGAGUUGCCUUCCGGUGGCGUUCCAUGUGUGGCUCCUCAUCGGAUGUCAGACAAAUCGAUGUCUGCCUCCAUUUCCUCCUGUGUCCAUCCGGUAAUUGUGCAGCGCCGGCGUUGCAGCGACUGUACUACUAAACCUGCUCCGUCCGCAACAACAUCACCUGGGACCAUGACAGCGACGACCGCAGGCGCCACUCCCACUACCAGUAGCAACCGUAGCCAAAGCAGUGUGGAGACGGUGACGGACAUUCCCAGUGUUGGUCAAGUGGCUGCACCCUACAAUGGGCAGAAGUCUUCUUUUGUCUCCAGUCGGCUAGUUAUGCAGCAGUUUGUACAGCGUUGGAGCAACCAUUACGAAGAGAACAAAAAGGCCUAUUUCGAGGGAGGAUACAUGUCAGUCGUACCGGGGAAGAAGCUGAACUCUCGGUAUGUAAUCGUGCAGAAGCUUGGCUGGGGUGAGUUCAGCACUGUGUGGCUUGCGUACGACACUCUGCAUACAACCCUUGGGAAACCACAUCAGGCAUUCGUUGCGGUGAAGAUUGCCAAGUGCGACAGUGUUGUGUCCGAGAGCACCCAGUACGAGAUCAAGCUGCUCCGCUAUAUUGGAUCGAAUACGCCAUCACAUGCUCCACUCACAGGUCUGUUGGAUUCAUUUGAAGUGGCUGGUCAGUAUGGUUCGCACACGUGCAUGGUUAUGCCCCUACAUGGUUCAAAUCUUUUGAGUAUUAUUGACCAGAUGAAGGCCAAGAAGGGUAUCCGGAGCCCCUCCGAGAUAUCCCUGAUUAAGGAGAUCGUUGUUUCAAUCCUUAUUGGCCUUGAUGAACUCGAUAAGCUAGAUGUCAUUCACACGGACAUCAAACCCGAAAAUAUCCUUUGCUCAUCGUCCGACCCCAAGGUGCUUGAUACAAUUGAGAAUUUCUGCCUCCGGAACAAGGAUCGCUCGAGCAUGGUGCCGGCUGACCGCGUGCGGAAGGCUAUGUGGCAGGGGGACCCAAAUCACUUGGUUUGUAUUGCUGAUUUCGGUCUAUCUGUUGCGCUUAAGCCGUCCAAGGGCCAGGCUGUGACCGGAAAGGGACAAAAGGAUGUUGCUGCGAAGGCCGCUAUUGAGAGUAAAAAGGAAUUCCCCGUUGAAAAGGCUGGUACUGUGUCAAACGUACGCGGUACGAUGAUUCAAACGCGUGAGUACCGCGCCCCUGAGAUCCUUAUGGGGAUGGAUUUCAACACCCGCACCGAUAUUUGGAGUGUUGGUUGCAUGGUGUAUGAGCUAAUUACGGGAGAGUUCCUCAUGGACCCGAAGCGUCGUACAAGGAAUGAACGCAUGAUGGACGUGGAGCACCUUGCCAUGAUGAUGCAAAUACUUGGUCCUGUUCCUGAGAAGAUAAUCAAGCUUCGAGAGGGAUGUGGUAACGGCAAACCCCCUCCUCGCUACAUCCAUCGCUACUUCGAUGAAAACAAUCGUUUCAUAUACAGCGAUAAGUACAGACUUUACCCGCGUCGUCACAUUGACAGGGAGUUGCAGGCAUAUCUUCCUCCUGCAGAAGCGAAAUCGGCAGCGGCCUUUAUUGUGGGCUGCCUCGCUUCCUAUGAACCAACUUCUCGCCCGUCAGCUGGAGAGAUGCUUAACCACACGUGGCUGUAUGAUGCCACCAACAACUGA